UUUUUUUCUUUUCUUCUCCAGCUCUCUUUGCCUUUUGGCUUAGAUCAAGUGUAGUAUCUGUUCUUUUCAGUUUAAUCUCUGAAAGUGUUCUAAGGAACACAACAUUGAUUAAUCUUAUUUUUGCAUCCCGUGGCGAGACCUCUGUGCUUGCGCAUGUCUUGCUGCACAGUGUCAUCGGGCUUACACUACCCCCGAUCGACGCGAACACCCUUUUUUCAUCAAUUUGGUCGGCUUGUCCGACUGGUUGGAGAAGAAAGUCCGAUCUAGUAGUAAAUACUUCAGGUGAUCAAUCUAGUAAUUGAUGGAUGUCCGUAAUCCGUAAAUUUGGUUAGAAACCUCAUCCGAAACUUCGAGAAAUAGUAACUCAAGUUCGGCGUUACCCCCCAAUACCCACGUGAUUCCUAUCAACUACAUCACUUGCAAGGAUCAAGAACACCAACGAUUUUCUCUCGAUAACACCAACUAGAAGUGCUAUUCUAGCUCGAACGGGCAAUAAGUCGUUAACAUGGGUUCCGUCGUUCUGCCACAUCUGCGUACGGCCUGGCACGUCGACCAGGCUAUCCUUUCCGAGGAGGACAGACUUGUGGUCAUCCGAUUCGGUCGCGAUCACGAUGUCGACUGCAUGCGCCAGGACGAAGUCCUUUUCAAGAUCGCUGAACGUGUGAAGAACUUCGCCGUAAUCUACCUCUGCGACAUCGACGAGGUACCCGAGUUCAACACGAUGUACGAACUCUUCGACCCAAUGACCAUCAUGUUUUUCUACCGGAAUAAGCACAUGAUGUGCGAUUUCGGCACAGGUAACAACAACAAGUUGAACUGGGUGCUUGAAGACAAGCAGGAGAUGAUCGAUAUCAUCGAGACCAUCUACAAGGGUGCGAAGAAGGGACGUGGUCUGGUCGUCAGCCCGAAGGAUUACUCGACGAGGUACCGUUACUGAUGGUCCUGGAUGUUGUGGGGUUGGUAUUACCCGGGUUUUUGCUAUGAUUUAUGAAUGUGUGGGCUUGCUUAGUGGCUCGUUAGAAUUAAGAUGAAUGUGAUGUUCUCAAUCACUAGCGACUUUUGCUUGUAAUUAGGAGCGCUGUGUGGGGGUGUAUCUUGCUUUCGUAGUGACAUUGCAGAUUAGCUAAAACUGUGAAAGGCGCUACUAGAUAUUAUAGAAC